GCUCGGUCUAACAUGUCCCUUUGUCCGAGACGUGGAGAGAGACAGUCUGUUUGCAGUUUGCACUUUGCUACUGUAGUUUCUUUGUCCGCUUCCUUCUCCCCCAAACUUGUAACCACAAGUGACAACCAUUCCACUGUUUAAUUUCUUUCUUUUUACUCUCACUCUGGCUUAGUUCACUUCUGCUAGCUGCCUGCAAAUGCAAUGAACUCAUGCUGUGCAAACGCCUCCUAGAUUCCCCUUUCAAGAAUGGAUUUCGGGUUAAUGGCGGCGGCCGGAACGGCGGGCACCACCCGGCAACACCCUGAUGAACCCCCAGGCGGCGGCGACACCCAUGGAUCUGGCCACCCAAAGCAAGAAAGAUCCGCAGCAGCGCCUUCUAAAGUUCCCAGCUUUUUAUGGAGAUCUGCGGACAGCGUGCCUGGAAAAGCCACCAUGCUUAGUUUCUCCUCCUCCAAGUCUGAAGAAAUCCCCUUUCUUUCUUCUGCGCCUGCCGGGGAAGAUUCAUCUAAAACCAUUUGUUUUCCGCUUUUCGAGUCCCACCAGAAACGCGGUCCCCAUUCUGGCGCCGCUUCUUCAGCUUACGCAAUUGGAGGUUUGAAUGAAAGCUUAAGGGGGGGUUCUGCUCGGAUCAGUGGACCAUUCACUCCAUCACAGUGGAUGGAACUGGAACAUCAGGCCUUGAUCUACAAGCACAUGGUGGCAAAUGUUCCAAUUCCUUCUAAUCUCCUCAUUCCCCUCAUGAAAUCGCUAAACCCCUAUGCGUUUUCUGGCUUAUCCCCUGGAUCUUACGCCCCGAAUUGGGGGUGGGGUGCAUUCCAUCUCGGUUUGUCUGCAAACACUGAUCCUGAACCUGGGAGGUGUCGUCGAACUGAUGGAAAAAAAUGGCGGUGCUCGAGAGAUGCUGUUCCUGAUCAGAAGUACUGUGAAAGGCACAUCAACAGAGGCCGCCAUCGUUCAAGAAAGCCUGUGGAAGGCCAGACUGGCCAUGCUGUUUCUGGAUCCACCACUUCAAAGGUAUCCCCAAUUGCUUCCUCCUCUGCCUCAGCAGCCUCGGUGAUAUCCUGUGAUGCCACAUCCAACACCUUCGGUGCCAUGAAGCACCACUUCAAUAACACUAAGCCCAGCCCCGCAAAUCCUUCCACUCACCAUCUCAUGAAUAACAGAACGCAAGGCCACAACCCUUACAAAGAAUCCUCCCAGGAGUUGGGUUUUGGAUUUCCAUCCUCAGAUUCUGUUCUAAAUCCUCUGCAAAGAAGGCCCUUUGUGAACUCCCAUAACUCUGAUACUCUUCUUGAUUUCAACGCCCAUGAACAGCAUCUAGUUCACCAUUUCAUCGACGGCUGGACAAAGGAACAGUCUACCUGCGCUCCUGCCUCCUGGCCAACCGAGCUGAAAUCAGACUGGACUCAGCUCUCGAUGUCAAUCCCCAUGGCUUCCUCCGAUUUCUCAUCAUCCUCAACCUCUCCCCGGCAAGAGAAACCCACCAUUUCACCUCUGAGGCUAUCACGCGAGCUCGAACCAUUCCAAAUGGGAUUGGGAGUGAGCAAUAAUGGCAUUGCUGACCCAAUUCAAAAGCCAUCAACUUGGAUUCCAGUAACCUGGGGGAACUCGAUGGGCGGUCCAUUAGGCGAGGCCCUAAACAACACGUAUGGUAGCGCUGGAGCUGGGAAGACCUCUCCUAAUCUGAACCUAACCACAGAAAUGUGGAGCAGUAGUCCUUACAUGGGGUCGUCCCCCACAGGCGUCCUGCAGAAAUCGUCCUUCGUCUCGCUCUCAAACAGCAGCACCGCAAGUAGCCCCCAAGACGAUAACAAGAAGGUUGAGAGUGCUAGAAUGUGCAAUGACAUGGUUGGUUCAAGUGUAGUAAGUUCUUUGUCUAUUCCAUCACUGUGAAGAAACCAAUCUGGAGAGGUUGAAGUUGAUAACUAGUAAUAUCGACAUUAUUAGUAUUCCUGCUGUUUUACUACAUUAACAUUGCUUGCCACUUUGUGUAGUUGUCGUUGUCAUCUCAUAGUAACGUUGUAGCUUAAAAUAAUGUUGAAUAUUCCUAUAUGUUUUUAUCAGAACUCGUAUUUGUUUUUAUCA